CUCACCCGGUGGCAGCAUGGCCCUGACGAGGGCCGCCGCAGCAGCAGCCAACAAGGGGGAGGUUCCACAGCCAGCCAACCUGACCCAGUAUGUAUGGCACACGACAGUGACGCUCGGAGUGCAGAUAGAUCCAUUGAUCCAGCUCCUUGUUUGUGCCCACCCAGGUCUGCUGCGACGCCUCUGCUGGAGCAUUCUCGAUGACUUGAUGUGCCGCGGCCGACGCGCCCUCCCCUUCCUCAUCCCAGUCGUCCUCAUCAUACUCCUCAUCGAGCUGAUUAUACCCAGGAUCCACCUCACGCAUCGCGCCGACGCUGUGCUGAUGAGCCAUCUCCUCUCGCCUAAAAACUCCCCUUUCUCCUCUUUCAGGAAGGAAGAGGAGACUUAGUGUCUGGCAAAGAACGAACGGCAAAGAACGAAGGACGACGAUGACGAUGGAAUGAG